AUGGACACGCUCAAUAGGGACUGUCUCUCGCAAAUAUUCCUCAAUCUCGAUUUCAUAGAACGAGUUCGUCUGGAGCACGUAUGUCGUAUGUUCCACUAUGUUCUACAGCAACAAUCCACCUUUUCUGACAGUGUUAACUUGGAUAUUUCACAAUUUCUGAUUAGUACCUCCACAGACUAUUAUCAGCAGGACAGCCUCAGCUUUCUUCCGACGGUUGUUGGAGUAAUCGAGCGCUGCGGUCUUUACGUACAACACCUCACCUUCGGUCAACGAUGGUUGCGCAUUUCGCAGCCAAUAAUCGACUGUAUUGCCAACAACUGCAUACGACUGAGCGUCGUAGAUCUCGGAGCAGUGAUUCUCAACGCCGAUCUGAGUCCACUCUUAGAAAAAAUCGCGCCACAAUUGCAAGAAUUUUCACUCGAAGAAACUAGCUGGGUCAACAUUGAAUGUGCUGAGAAGGUGCAAAACUAUUUCGAAUCAAUGAAGAAGCUGCGGAAGCUCAACUUGCGUUCGGCUAUGUUUCAAGUUACUCGUCUGGCAGAAUUACCGACAACUCUUCGAUACCUGGAGAUCGGAGGAGCCCACUCAUUCCCCCCAGAAAAUAUGCUGGAAUUCUUGCAAAGCCAUGAUCAACUUGAAGAGUUCUAUGCGUCUCCCGUGCCGGUGCUUGAUGAAGAGAUAAUCGCUGCUAUCGGAUCACUGAAUAAUCUGCGACAUCUCUCUCUUGGCCAUUCGUACAACACCGACCUGCACUUCGACGAGCUAGGCAACCUAACCAAGUUGGAGUCACUUAGAUUGAAUGAUGUGUUUGGUCUGACCGAGACGUCUCUACAACAGAUUUUGUCGAGACUGCAGAACUUGGAGCGACUUGCACUGGUCAAUUGCAAGAACGUAUUCGACUAUACAGCCCUUGGCAGUUGUGGACGAUUACAAUCUCUUGAAAUUCGGAACACUAUGCAACUUGCCAAUGAAGACAUACUCGCCCUCUGUUCACAUGGAAAUCUUCAAACGACUCGUGCUUUCAAACUGUUUCAACCUUUCAUCUCGUGGAGUGAACAUUGCACUGAUGCGAUGUCAGUUGAAAGAGUCAAUAAAUGUGCCCGAGUUACCGAUGAGAUGAUGUACACGCUGGCGUCAACACAACGGGAACUAGAAUACAUUUCAAUUCAGGAGUGCCUAUCGAUUACCAGGUAG